AGCACAGCCUUUUCCGCUAGACGCCCCCACUCUAGCCUACAGUCUCGCUGCCCUGAGCCUCCCGUGCCGGCCGGCCGGCCGGGAGGACUGGUGGGCGCUCGGGGGGCGCGCAAGGGGCGGGGGGAGUUCCGGUUCCGGUUCUUUGUGAAGCUGCAGCAGCGGCUCCGGGGAAGAUGGCGGCCCGGGCGGGUUUCCAGUCUGUGGCUCCAAGCAGUGGUGCCGGAGCCACAGGAGGGGCUGGCGCGGCGGCCGCCUUGGGCCCGGGCGGGACUCCGGGCCCCCCGGUGCGAAUGGGCCCGGCGCCGGGUCAAGGGCUGUACCGCUCCCCGAUGCCUGGAGCGGCCUAUCCGAGACCAGGUAUGCUGCCAGGCAGCCGAAUGACACCUCAGGGACCUUCCAUGGGACCCCCUGGCUAUGGGGGGAACCCUUCAGUUCGACCUGGCCUGGCCCAGUCAGGGAUGGAUCAGUCCCGCAAGAGACCUGCACCUCAGCAGAUCCAGCAGGUUCAGCAACAGGCAGUCCAAAACCGAAACCACAAUGCAAAGAAAAAGAAGAUGGCUGACAAAAUUCUACCUCAAAGGAUUCGUGAACUGGUACCAGAAUCUCAGGCCUAUAUGGAUCUCUUGGCUUUUGAAAGGAAGCUGGACCAGACUAUCAUGAGGAAACGACUAGAUAUCCAGGAGGCCUUGAAACGUCCCAUCAAGCAAAAACGAAAGCUGCGAAUUUUCAUUUCUAACACUUUCAAUCCGGCCAAAUCAGAUGCUGAAGAUGGGGAAGGGACGGUGGCUUCCUGGGAGCUUCGGGUAGAAGGACGGCUUCUGGAGGAUUCAGCUUUGUCCAAAUAUGAUGCUACCAAACAAAAGAGGAAGUUCUCUUCUUUUUUUAAGUCCUUGGUGAUUGAACUGGACAAAGACCUGUAUGGGCCAGACAACCAUCUGGUAGAAUGGCACAGGACCGCCACUACCCAGGAGACGGAUGGCUUCCAGGUGAAGCGGCCAGGAGACGUGAAUGUACGGUGUACUGUCCUGCUGAUGCUGGAUUACCAGCCUCCCCAGUUUAAAUUAGACCCUCGCCUAGCUCGGCUCCUGGGUAUUCACACCCAGACCCGUCCAGUGAUCAUCCAAGCACUAUGGCAAUAUAUUAAGACACAUAAGCUCCAGGAUCCUCAUGAGCGAGAGUUUGUCAUUUGUGACAAGUACCUACAACAGAUCUUUGAGUCUCAGCGUAUGAAGUUUUCAGAGAUCCCCCAAAGGCUUCAUGCCUUGCUUAUGCCACCAGAACCCAUUAUCAUUAAUCAUGUCAUCAGUGUUGACCCUAAUGAUCAGAAAAAGACAGCUUGUUAUGACAUUGAUGUGGAAGUGGAUGAUACCCUGAAGACUCAGAUGAAUUCCUUUCUGCUGUCUACUGCCAGCCAGCAGGAGAUUGCUACUCUGGACAACAAGAUUCAUGAGACAAUAGAAACUAUCAAUCAGCUGAAGACCCAGCGGGAGUUCAUGCUGAGUUUUGCCAGAGACCCUCAGGGUUUCAUCAAUGACUGGCUCCAGUCCCAAUGUCGGGACCUUAAGACUAUGACUGAUGUGGUGGGUAACCCAGAGGAAGAACGUCGAGCUGAGUUCUACUUCCAGCCUUGGGCUCAAGAGGCCGUGUGCCGAUACUUCUAUUCUAAGGUGCAGCAGAGGCGACAAGAACUAGAACAAGCUCUGGGAAUCCGAAAUACAUAGGGCUUCAUCCACAGCCCUGAUUUCGCUGCACCAAUCCUUUAUUUGGGCCCUGUGCUGCCUGCCCCAUGCCACCUGCCUUGGUCUUGGUUGGGGCCUCCCAGGGAAUGCUGCUGGUACAAGGACAAGACCAGGAUGAAGAGGGUCUCACAUUUCUGUCUUACAAGACGCCUGUUAUCCUCUUCUCCCACCCCAUCCCUUCCUACUCCCCAGCUUCCAUUUGUCCCAGAGUUCCCAUGUGCCUCUAUCCUUCCCUGGUCUACAUAGGACCUCUAGAUAGUGUUAGAGAGAGAACCUGUAGUGGUAAUCAGUGCCCAGAAUAGAUUGGGCCUAAGGUCAAGUGGUCUUUAAGGGGACCAACUACACUGAUCCUGCCCUUCAGAGACCCUGGAAUUGGGAGCUUUAGCCCGUUCUCCAAGACUCAGGCCUGCUGAUCUAGGCUCUCCCCAAAACGGAAUCCAACUUCCUUCUUCUCCAUAGGUUCAGAGCACAUUCUGAACUUACUGCCCUCUAGCACUGAAGGAAUACUGAUUUGUGGGCUCCAGAGCCCCAGGCCAGUCCUAGCCCUCUGAAUGGCCUGCUAUCUUAGUACUUCUUUUAUUCCCUAGUAGGGGGUCCACAUCAGUAUUGGAGUUUGCUCCUUAACUAUUGUCCCUCCCCAUCAUAUUCCCUCUAGCUGCCCCUUUUAGAAUUUGCCCUAACCUGGGCAUUUGGGUGGAUUAAUUUUGCCUUUCCCUGUCAGAACCCCAGGAUCUAGGGUACUGUCAUCACUAGCAGAGGCUGUUCCUGCUAUUGCUUGGAGGUGAGACUCAUUAAUUCACUCCAUCCUGCCGCCACCUCCUGCACCCAUCCCUUAAAGGAGAAACAGGCCUAAAAGCAAACGGGUAAAAGCCCUGGGCCAUCUCUGUCUUCCUGUCCCUUUUCUGCCUAGUUGACACCCACUGGUGACUUCUAGGGCACUGAGGAGUGAAAGCGCCUAGGGCUGGAACAUAGCUCUGAGUUGGGUUUGUGACUCUCCCUUACCCCUGCCUCACAGGAUCGUGACUCCCUAGCCCCUGCCCUCAAAGCUUCAAGCCCCUCAGGUAGCAGCAGGAUCUUGUGAUCGUGGCCCCUUGGAGUUAAGAUGGUUUUGCAUCUAUCCAGGAGAGCCUCAGAUUCUUCCAGGUUGUAUCACCCCCAAGUUAGCAUAUUCCCAGGCUCGCAGACUCAACACAGCAGGGUGGGAGACAGCUGGGCACAGAGGGGAGAAUUCCGUUCAGCAUGGGCUCUGAACCCAGAAAACUGACAGCCCUUGCUUCCUCACCCCUCCUCAGGCUCCUGCGAGCAUGUCCCUUAGUUCCUUAUCCUUGCCUGUCCCACACUGGGGACAGCACUUUCUCCCCAUUUCCCCCUUCCUGCCAUACCCAUCCCUUGAAAGGUUCUCCCUGCAGUGGCAUUGGAUAGCCUGUCCCUGGGGCAACUGAGCCCUGACCCAGCUCUUGGCUGGCACCAUGAGAAGGAAGCUCAGUGCCCUGCAGUGCCCCUGUUGAAAAGAACUGUUUUUAUUAACUGAAUGAUUAUGAGGUUUUUUUUUUCAUGGACCAAAAUUUUUUUUUGUACUGUCCCCUUAUUGAUGUCACCCAGUUUUAAUAAAAGAAUCUUCUGAA